GUCACAAUAAAUUCACCCAUAAAUCUGUAAAUUAAGAAAAUAAUAUUUAAAAAUAUCGAUUUUUUGCACCAGAAUUGUCCCUUAACCUUGACAAAGGUUUUUAAGUAGCUGUUAACAUAGGAGUCAGCAAGUGAUAGCGAAUGAAGAUAAGAGCGACGUAUGUGAUCCCGGUAUAAAACCUGUCUUCGUGUGAUACAUUUAUUGCGACAUAGUACACCAGGAGAUUAGGGCUGAUUGUCAAACGUUUACUAGUCUGUCAGCUGCUGCUGGAGAUACAAGGUCUUCUGACAUGAGCUCAUUCCAGGUUGUGGAAGAAUACCCCAAUAACACUGUUGUUUACCCUAAAGGUCUGCCAAAUGACAGAGGGUCGCGUAGUGUGUCCUGUGGAGUACUAAUUGUAGUUGUACUGGUAGCAAUAGCAGGCUGGCGGACCAUCUGUUACUCAAUACUGUGUGUAUUUGCACCAAAUUCCAACUUAACAGUACGUUUAUCCGCUUCAGAAAUCAUUCUGUGCUCACCAUUACAAUUGUUAUUAUUCUGUUUCUUUGGAUUGGUAACUACACAACUUUUGCUGAUAAGAUUCAGUCUUCUUUGGGAAGAAAGGCACCAUAUCCAUGGAAGAUAUGGUGGCAGCAAGAUACGUUUGUUCAGAAAUGUUUGGAACAUGAACAUGAAAACAAUGUCAGCUUUCAUCAUUGGUGUUGUUUAUACCAUAAUUUAUUGUAUGCAGUAUGGAAACCCUGUCUUGUUAAUUCAAGACGUUGGCCCUCACUCAACUUUUUUCAUUUUCAUUGCUGCAUAUGUAAUUUGCAAUCUAAUUAAAGUGGAAGAAAGCAAAUUGCAGAAUUCAAUAAUGCUUGAACGGAUGAAUGGAAUGGAUUAUGGCAGUGGCAUGGCCUAUAAUUUUUUUUAUGGCUAUUUGGAUAUUGUCCUCCCAAACAGGGGAGGAAGUGAAAAAGGUAUGAUUGAGAAGAUUGAAGAUUAUAUUGACCAACAGGGACUAAAUGAUUCUAGUUUCCCAGUAAAGAAACUUUUCAUAAUUAUACCAUCAUCUGCCUACACUCCAAGUAAACUGAGUGACAUCGCAGAUGGCUGGAUGGAGCCUGCUGGGAGCCUGGAAUCAAAUAUUUUGAAUAGAGCAGGUGUACAACAACGUGUGUAUAAAAACUCUGUAUACAGGAUAAAAAAUCCUAAUACAAAUGAUGAACCUGUAUACGUAGCUGCAGAAGGUGCAACUCCUUUGAAAAGCCUCCACGAUGCUAUUUCUCGAAGUGGAGAAAAUCAAGUAUUUUACAGAGAACACUUACAGGAGCUGAUGUCACUUUUCUACAAAACGUUACGUAAAAUUAUAAAAGCGGACCGUGAUUGUCGCGAUUUGUGUGAGAUUGUAUAUUACAUUGAUCUUGAUGAACAUGGAAACAGAUGUGUGAACAUCGCAGAACUUUUACUAUAUCGCAUAGAACAACUGAAAAAUAUACAGAGGCUCUGAAUGUUUUUUUUUUAAUUAAGAAUGUGUGCCAAUUGUUAUUCCAUCGAGCAUAUUAUUGACAUACUUUUUAGAGUGACAGUUUUUAUUUUAUUUUUAUCUAACAGACACAAUUUUUGGUCCUUACAUGAAGAAUUUUAAAUAUUUUUGGACUGAAAGUGCCUUUGUAAUUUUAUAUUUUUAAAAUUUGUUUACAAGAACUGACUUCAUGUAUUAUAACAUAAUAAUUGUGAAUUAUAUCCUAAAGAGACUACGUCAGUAAAAGCAACAGGAAAAUUUAAAACAAUUUUUUAUCCAACAUGGCAUUAUUAAGAAGAAAUAAAACAGCUUAUUGACUAUAUUGGUAAAAAAAAAAAAAAAAAAAAAACCGUUGUGCAAUCAAAUCAAAACUAGUUGUUUACUGUAAUCAUUCAUAGUAAUAUCUGAUGAUGUACUUAAAAAUACUUUUAAAAUUUUUUUUACACUGUAUCUCCAAGAGAAAUAUGUGAUUGUACCAUAAAAUGAAAUGAGAGACAAGAAUGUUACAAAAUGGGUGACGAGAGGCUACACUGCAUGUAAAUAUCAUCAAAGCAUCAUUCUGUAAUAUUUAUUGUGACACUGUGGUGCAAAAUAUUUUUAUAAAAAUAAACAAUAUAUGUUUUCUGAAA